AUGGCUGAACCUGAAUCUUCAUCUUCUUCUUCUGCACAAAAUUUCUCUCCAAAAUCUCUCCCUAGCUUGCUGCAAUUCCUCUCAUUCCUCUUCGUUCUCGUCCUUCUCAUCAACCUAUCCCAUAACCAGUUAAACCCUUCUCCAAAAUCACCUUCCAUGGCUACCUCUGAACCAACCUCGGCCAAAUCAUCACUUUCCUCAGAGUCUACCGCAAAUUUAAACCCUCAAAACACCCAUAAUUCGCAUGCUUCAGCGAAAGGUCGAGAAUUUGGAGCUGACGCUCAUGAAGUUCCAAGUGGUCCAAACCCUAUUUCAAAUCGUACUAUAGGAUACAAGCUAGACACAGACCAAGGUUGA